UGAGUGCGUCUCGUUACCAUGGUAACACAGUCAAAUGAGUCAGAGCUACUAUUGAGCUCUUCUUUUAUUUGAUCCUGAUCGUUUUGUUUUAACCUAGACCAACGUUGGAAGCGCUGCAGACAUCAGUCACAAGAAAACAGACCAGGAUGUCUUUGUCAGAGAUCCAGAGUCUUCGUGUUGCAGCGGCUCUCGAACAUUUUGCACAUCGCCUGCAGACGCUGGAGCACAGCAUCCUACUGAAGAUCAGCGUGGAGAUAGACGCAGCACCUGCACAGGAAAGAUCCAGCCUGAUCAAGCUGGUGACAGAGUGCAAACGAAUGUCACAGGAGAUAUCUCAUCUGUGCCAUGAGGUUGAGAAGAGACAAAGCUUCUGCUCUCUGCAGCUUUUCUCAGAGAAAAUACGGGACAAAAUUGAACUGGAGGACAGAAAAACGACUGUAAUGAGACAACAGCAGGAAAUACAAGAAAAAACUAAAGAAAUAAAAAAACUGAAAUUGCAGCAGAAAAAGUUGGCAUUGCAGGUCAAUGCAAAGAAGACGAUGAGUGAAGAGAAAAACCACAAGAAGUGUGAGCAGAUCCAGGAGGAGACGCUGCAGACUGGCUCUCUGCAGGAAGAGGAGCUGGAGUUUGUGAGGGAACGGCUGAGGGAGGAGGAGCGAGUACACACAGAGUCCCAGAAGUUUCUGCUGGACCAGAACCAGGAGGUGCAGAAGGAGCUGCACAUGCGGAAGGAGCAGACGCAGCAGUCGCUGAAUGAGAAGAAGCAGCAGCUUUAUGACGUCUCCAGAAAGAAAACACUGGCCUUAGAUAAACUGAUGGAGAUGAGGAGGAUGGUCAGGGAGAUGGAACAGCUGGUCAUGGAGGACAAGGUGGAGCAGCAGAGGCUGCAGAAAGAGCAGGCAAAAGUAACUGCUGCUACCAAGGUCCAGGCCUGGUGGAGGGGCUGCAUGGUCCGCCGAGGCCUGGGCCCCUUCAGGAAAACAGAAGACAACGUGAAGGACAAGAAGAAGAAGAAGAAAGGAAAGAAGAAGUGACUUUUCUUCAAUUCCUCUUUUAUUCAAAUGUCAUUAUUCACUAAUUGACAAAGAAAGAAAAAUCCGUCUUUCCUGUGAAAACCUCAUGUCUGUCAAUAACAAAAACCUUCACCAAAAACAGUCUGCUAGAAUAAAUACCAGAAAGAAAU